AAAUAGCCUUUGAGCUCUGUUCUAAUUUUAGAAACAAAACACAAACAAUAGCAACAGCAACCAUGUGCGUUUGAAAUGUCAAAAUUAACAAUCCUUAAUUUUUGCGUUUGAAAUGUCAAAAUUAACAAUCCUUAAUUUUUGCAUUAGCAAAAAGACUGCUUUGAUACUUGGCGGUCUUGGUACAUUGGCUGCAGCCUAUGGUAUUUACAGAUUUAUACAAAGUCGGCAUCAACCAGAUGAAUAUUUUUCAACAUUGAAAUGGCAGGGUGGCAGCUCACAAAGACGUAUCUUGGUACUUGGUUUAGAGGCAGCUGGCAAAUCUAGACUUCUGCAGUGCUUCCAGCAGAACUCGUACCCUGGCAAUAUCUUACCCAUUCCAGAACCUUCCAUUGGUUAUAACAUCCAUUCUGUAGGAAUUGGUGGUGUUGAUUAUCAUUUCUGGGAAGGCAGGGGAACCUCAGAACAAUCUAUGCAAUAUCUUGGUAUUCCAAGUAGUGUGGACAUGUAUAUAUGGGUAGUGGAUAGUUCCAACCCAGCAUCAUUUGCCAAAUCACGCGCGGCUAUGCACAAGUUCCUGGACAUGUGUGACAGAAUGACAUUGUCUGAAUCUAAAGACUGUCUCAGCAUGGUUGGAGCACCUCUUGUUAUUGUGGCUGCACAACAGGAUGUAGAGGGCAGUGUAUCGGCAGCAGACGUCUUGUAUGAAAUGGAUGUUGACGCUAUUCAGCACAAACACAAGGUGUAUAUUGUUGGUACACAGUUACCAGAUGUUGGUCAACGCAAGGGAUUGUGGCGGCUGUAUGAGCUUGUGGCGUAUGCUGAGCAGAAAAGAUAUACGCCAUGUAUACCUGCACCAAGUGAAUCUGAUGUAGAUUAAUGAUGAAAUACAUAAUCAUAAAAGAAA